GUACAAUGUUUUUUACAUAAUAUUUGAUUGCAUGAAAAUGGGGAAAUGACUUGGUAAUAACUUAACACUAAGUCUUCCUUUAAUGUGGGUGCAAAAUGUUUAACUAAUAGUUAAAGUGUUAGUUAAAAAAAAACCCCAUCAACUUUUAACCACGUUAUCACGAACGGGGUUACUUUGAAUGGCUCCCGUUGUAUUUGAUUAUAUGAUGAAUAGCAGCCGGAGGAUUGUGCUCACUUCUGCCCCCCUGUGGCUGAAGUUACGACUACAGCAGACAGAGUUUGUGCUUUACCCUGUCACCAAGGUUAGUUAUUAACCUUGCCUUCCCACUCAGGACACCGCAAAAGGACAGUAGCUCUGUCUGUGUGAGGCAUGCUGCCACCCGACCGUUGCAUCUUAUCAUGGGCGACUGUAACACGGCUACACACGAGCGGACUCCAUCCGUGAGGGACAUUACUGUGGUGUUUCACAAAGUUGACUGCCACGAACAGAACCAAAACAGCGACCAUGAAUACGACGAGUGCAACGACGCAGCCGAGCACCUUCCACUGCGGGGCGACUGCCGUGUGUCCCACGGCUACGGUUUUGGUGAGGACGAUGAUGCCGCGUGUGAUGAUGCUCCGAGGAAGGAGGAAGUGACAGGAAGACAUAAUUCGCUGGAAGGUGGAAAGAAGCAAACGCCGCUAUGUCCGCCGGCGUUUUGCGUGAGAAGCGAGCCGGCAUGCGAAGAAGGAACAGGAGAACAGCAAGUUGAAGAGAAACCAAAUGGGUGUCCAGGUCUUGGUUUGUUCUAUGCCUUCCUGUCUACAGUUUUAUUCUCUGUCAUUGCCCUCUUGGUCAAAACCAUCCAGGAACUGCAUGCCAUAGAAAUAAGUGGUUUACGCUGCUUCUUCCAGAUGCUCUUUGUCAUGCCUUUACUCAUCUAUCACAAAACAGGGUUUCUUGGUCCCAGAGAUAAACGUAUUUUUCUGGUGCUCCGUGGAUUCACUGGAUCUAAUGCCAUGAUUCUGCUCUACUACGCUGUUAAGCAGAUGCCUCUGGCAGACGCCACUGUCAUCAUGUUCAGUAAUCCAGUUUUUACUUCGCUCCUGGCUUGGAUUUUCUUGAAGGAGAAAUGCACAAUCUGGGACUGUGUCUUCACUGUUUUUACUCUGACUGGAGUCAUCCUUAUCGCCCGACCACCGUUCAUCUUUGGCGAAAAUCUUUAUGGUAUUGAAGACAACUACACUGAUCACAUCAAGGGGGCCAUUGCUGCGUUUGUAGGAGCGAUAGCUGUGGCUUUUACGUUUGUUGUUCUUCGCAAAAUGGGGAAAAGCGUUCAUUACUACCUCUCCGUUUGGUACUACGCCGUGAUUGGCCUUAUCGAGUGUGUCAUCACUGUAUCCAUCCUCGGAGAGUGGAGAAUCCCGCACUGCGGUCGUGAUCGGUGGAUUAUGCUGCUGAUCGCUAUCCUGGGCAUCGCCGGUCAGACCUUCCUGACGAAGGCCCUGCAGAUAGAAAAGGCUGGACCUGUGUCGUUGAUGAGGACUGUGGAUGUGGUACUGGCUUUCAUUCUACAGUUCAUAUUCUUUAACCGUGCACCCACAUGGUGGAGCCUUGGGGGGGCACUGUGUAUCGUCUUAAGCACAAGUGGUGUAGCAGUUCGGAAGUGGUACACCAGUACACAAAGGAGCAGAACUCCGGUGACAACAGAGCAAAAUUAGAUACAGAUACAGUUUCAUUUUUCAUUACCAUACAUAAGUUCCUGACCUGUUUAGUGCUUAUGUGUUAUUCACACAGAGAGUUGUGAAAAGGAGAAGGAAAAGACUUCCAAGAGAGAGAAGAAGUUUUGCUUAAACUGUGUGACAGACUCUGCUGGAAGCCAGCUAAAGUCAGGGCAGGACAUUUUAAUGAACGUGUGAGAAAUUAUGGGAUCAGUAUAGUUCAGUGUAAUCUAAUCUAUUUUUAUUUAGUAAAAAAAAAAUUAAAUUGCUUUGUGAGCAGAGAGAGAGUACUGAGAUAGUGUUUUUAAAAUCACUUUUGUAUUUUAGUCCAGAUUUAUAAUUUUUGCAUUUGGUAUUUAAGUUUAACAUUUUUAUUUUCACUAAAUAAUAUGAAUCAACUAUAGGGUAGUUGAUGAAGCAGGUAAGGCAGGAGAUGUUCCUGCCAGAGCAUCAGUUAUACAUAUAUUUUUAUAAUAAGAUAUAAUUAAUACAAAACAAAACAUCAAUUUACAGACCUCAUCUAAGGCAAAUAAUGAUAGUAGAACUAACAUUCUUUAUUUGUUGGCAUAAACAUGGGAGACACAUAAAUGGUUAGCAUUAAUGUGAAAAGGUUGCCUUUUGUCACUCUUAGUGGUGUUUAAAAAAGUCUGUAUUUUGACACAUCAAACGGUCCCGUUGUCUUAGGCUGGUGUUGUCAGAACGUCACUCAGCCAGACUUUAACCUGAACUAUUACUUAGAAGGAAAAGCAAGCAAGACAAGAAAUCCAGUAAUUCAGCGAGGAAGUUGUAAAAGCUUCCAGUUUCCUUCAAAUCUUUCCAUUCAAACUGUAUGUGUUGACUCCUGUCUGAGAGUCAACCUGUAAUCUAACGUAAUUCAUCUAUGUUCAUGUUAAAAUGGAGAAGUUUGUGAGUGGAAAUAACAGCCUCCGAUUGCAUUCUGCUCCUGGCUCCUGUGAAGCUGAACUACCAGCAAAACUCUUCAUCCCCAUUUCCAUUUUAAUGAAACUGUUGGCAGCAGAUAUAUAUACUGUAGGGGAAAAAUUGAAUUUCCUUUAUAAUGCAGAACUUCCUUGGUCCCAGUUCCUUUCUUGCUUUAAUCUUAAUAAAACAGCCAAAGAUGGUGUUGUUUGUGCACUGGGACAGAUCGUACUGUGCUGCACAUAUCAACAACACCCAUUAGGUAGCAGGAAAGUGGAUUAGCAUUGACUUUUGAAGGUUAGUUAAAGGUGUGUUCAAAGUGAAUGCACACAGAGUCAGGUGGAUACUGACCGCUGCAUCAGCGAUGCCAAAUUAUGUCCAUAUUUAAACUACAUGAUACAAUUAACGUUUUUCAAAUAACAUUAUACACACCCCAUUGGAGUUCACAUGGUGUGCAACACCUUAGCAAAUAUAUAAGGGUACUACUUGUUACAGGACCAAUAAUGAAAAGAAUACUGCGGGUAAUACUCCAUAUUUAAAGGUUUAAUUUUUUUUUAUCCAUAACUACGCUUAACACUAUACCAUUAUGUUUCAUACUGACUUACCCUAUAUACAGUACUACUUGCUGAAGAGACAAAGUUUGAGGAGAUGCAGGUGAUGAAUUUUAAAACCAAAUAUUCAUCAACAUCUCCAGUUACUUUGAGGAGUAGCCUCACCUUUAAAUCCUACGGAGUCAAGUUCUUAUUUACAGUCAGUUUUUUGUCAUGUAAACAUUGAUGAUUAAAGUGCCUUACACUUUAACAAUAAAACCUCCUGCUUCUCUGAGAGGAGCAACCUGUACGACAUUAGUUAGAAAUUACAGCUUCUAGUUUUGAGUUUUUUUCUAAGAACAUUUGUUCACUGAACGUUAUUUGUUGAUACAAGAUAAGCUAAAGACAGAUUCACUGGGCUUCAUCAGGGGAAUGCACGGUGUGUUAUAUAAAAAUGCCCCUUUCUUCCUCAGGCCUCACAUGAGUAGUUUGUUGUGGUUUGAAAUAUCCAUUAUCUGUACACUGACAUUAUGCAAUUGUACCGAGACCACCAGCACCUCAUAUCAUCAACAGAACAUAAAUAAGAUCUUCUAUUUUGAUCUCAACCAUCAAGUUUUAAAUAAAAGAUAACAGUAUAUUUUUAUUAUAUUUUACAUAAACGUAAUGUCAUUACAACAUCAGCUACGUCUGACUUAACACUUGGGAGCUGUAAUGAAAAGUGAAAAAACAACACAAAGGAAAGAAAGCGAACGUAGCACAGUCAAAUGUGGCGUAUCACUGGCGAAUGUAAACAAAGGCGUCUUCCAUGUGGAACAAGACUGUCUUAAUGAAUUAAUGGGAGAUGGGACUUUUAAUGAACAUUGCUUUAGCUGCACUUCAAUGUCCUGGCCACCGUAGUUCUGUCAGGAUACAUUUAGUUCCUCUUUUCAUUUUCUUUUGACACUAGAAUACCUUCUCCUAUUCAAGAUUUGACUUGAAUUUGCAGAAGCUUCAAGCACAUUUUGUUGAACUUCUAUCAAACGGCCGGUAUGAUAUGUUUUGUUUCAGAACAUACGAUUAAAAGCCGUACAAGACUAUAAAAAAAGUGCAUUUCUUAAAUCAUUUUUAAACUGUAUUUAAAGCAUAUUAUAUCUCAACAUGUUCUUUAGGAUGUAUAUAUUUCUUUAUAGUGAUCUAUAAAUAUAGUUGAUUAUUGUUAAUAAUAAAUUCUUUUGGAAUUGG